GCUGUAUACGCGUGCGUGCAGAGAGUGUCAUGAGCGACCAUAUAGUGCAGAUCAGUGAAGAUAUCCAACGUCGCUUUAAUAAUUGCUGACAAUUAAACACACAUAAGAGGAAAUAGUAAUAUAAAGGAAUAGUUCUCUCAUUUAUAAAAUUUAAUGGCGGGGACAAUUGAUCAAGCAAAAAUGAAGAUUUCCAGAAUUGUGAACAGUCGCUCAUACACCCGGUUCAAUCAGUCUCAGAACCCCGAUGGAGAGAGCAGCCGUGUGGAAGUGAAGCUGUCUGUGGAUGGUGAAGAGGAGGAGGAGGAGAUGGAUGGUGCUACUGAGCAAGGUCAUGUACAACAUGAGACUUACACAAGACCCAGUCAUCCAGUGCCAUUGAACAAGGGGAAGAUUAUUUGUUCAGUGAUCGUAAUACUGCUCUGCUUCUGUUUGGGUACACUCAUUGGCUUUGCUGCCCAACGUAAGUCUGAACCACCUUCUUGCCCUUCGCAUGACCGUGUGGAUAAGGAAGACAGUAGUGAAGUUCAACCAAGUUUUGACGUUCCUGCACCCUCUAUGGAUUGGAGUGACGUUGUUAAGCUUAUGAAUAAGAAACUGUCACCUAAUGCCAUUCAGGAUAAAUUAAGUGAGUAUUCCAAGGGUGAUCGCCAGGCAGGAUCAUCUGGAGAUAACUUGUUGGCUGAUAAAAUCUAUGAAACUUUUGAGAAACUUAAAAUGCAGCCCUGGGUUGAUGAGCAUUAUGUAAAGCUACAGUAUCCUAACAGCUCCAAUCCAACCAAAGUUUUGUUUGGUUCAGAGGUGAUUGGAAACCCAAUUGGGUUCCUCGCUUACAGUGCAACAGGAUCUAAAGAAGGCAGAGUGGUAUAUGCCAACUAUGGUAAGCCGGAGGACCUGAAAGAAGUGAAGGACAGUGGAGUGAAUCUACAGGGGUCUGUCAUACUGCUUAGAGCUGGAAAAAUCAGCAUAGCUCAGAAGGUGGCAAAUGCUGCUGGGAUGGGUGCCGUAGCAGCUCUGAUCUACCCAGACCCAGCUGACUAUAAAAGAUUGCCUCCAGAUACUGAACUAUAUGGUCACGUCCACUUGGGAUCAGGUGAUCCUUACACUCCAGGAUUCCCAUCUUUUAAUCACACCCAGUUUCUUCCUGCCAAGUUGUCUGGGCUUCCAAGUAUACUCGCUCAGACGAUCACUGCAAACAUGGCACGCAAAAUCUUGGAGAAAAUGGGAGGAAAGGAUUCCCGCGAAAGUUUUAAGGGUAUCUUCGCCAAUUACAAAUUGGGAAGGGAGUCUGACAUGGUCACUGUAGCAGUUAACAACGAUCUUGUCGACACAAAGAUCUAUAAUGUGUUUGGAGUCAUCAAAGGGUUUGUGGACGCAGAUAAAUAUGUUGUGAUUGGAGCGCAGAGGGACUCCCUCAGCUCAGGAUAUGCCAAAUCUGCAGUCGGCACUACUCUUCUGAUGGAGCUUGCAAGAGUUUUCAUGGAAAUGAUGAAAGAUGGUUUCAAACCCAGAAGAAGCAUUGUGUUUGCAAGCUGGAGCGCAGGGGAUUUCGGGAACGUCGGAGUUACUGAAUGGCUUGAGGGCUAUUGGUCAUCAUUGGACAGACAAGCCUUUACCUACAUCAGUUUGGAUGGAGCUGUUACUGGUGUGGAUUCCUUCAGAGCUUCUGCGAGUCCUUUGUUGCACACGGUUUUGCAGAAAACCAUGGAGAUGGUAAAAAAUCCAAUUGCUUCAGGUCCAGUUGAUUUACGCCCAAGCCUUUUCCAGAGUUAUGGCGGUAAUCUUGGAUCUCUUCUGAAGCCCAUGCUGAUGGAUGAUAGUGCAUAUCCUUUUCUGGCUCUCUCUGGAAUCCCCUCUGUGUCUUUCAGUUUUGUUCCUGCUAGGCCUUCUGCUGAUUACGAGUAUUUUGGAACUACCCUGGAUGAUAAAGAACAUCUGGACAUUGUCACCGGACAGAGAGUGGGUGAGAUGUCCGUGGCUGCUGCUCAGGUUGCUGGCCUGAUCGCCCUCCGGCUUGUUCACGACCACAUCCUCAGACUGGAUGUCAGCAAGUAUGCAGAGACUAUCACAAGCCAUAUGAAAGCCAUCAAGGAUAUCGUUGAGGAUCUCAAAAGUAAAAAGGUAGAAAAAAUCGAGUCUUUGUCAACAAAGUGGCUGAACAUGGCAAAAAGUUCUUUUGAUCAUGCUUCAUUCAAGCUAAACCAAGUCAUCAGUAACAGUGAUCUAGAAGACCUGGAGAUGUCCCGCAUCAUCAAUAACCGCAUAAUGAAGGUGGAGCAUAAUUUUCUCUCUCCAUAUGUCUCUAUGAGAGAUGUCCCAUUCCGCCACAUUUUCUUUGGUGUUGGCUGGCAAACCGCCACAGACCUGGAAAACUACCUGAAAGAUGUGGCGCGACAAAAAGCGACCUUCGACAUGGACCAAGUCCUAAAUAAGUUUGCUCUGCUCACCUGGACCAUCCAGGGCUGUGCCAAUGACCUGGCUGGAGAUAUCUGGUCCUUGGACAACGAGAUAUAGUGUUUUUCAGUAUUACAUCAACAAACCUGGGCUCUAUCAUUUUUUUUUUUGAAAGUACAACUCCAAUAUCAAAACAAACCAUAAAUCCACCACAUAGUAGAUUGAUUUGAUUUCAUAAUGGCAAAAAGCUCUAAUGCAAUCUGAGCAUACCUACAGAUUUAAUUUAGACUGCUAUAUAAAUUGUGACAAAAGCAAGAGUAAGGACUAAAUUCUUUCUUUAAUCAUAUUACGAAUGAUAUUAUGUUAUAAUCAAUGAUACAUUUCUUAUAUUGCAUUAUAUACUAAUUAUAUAAUCUUUUAUUUAUAAUAUUCUAAAGUAUUAUUGCUGUAUUAAGAAAAAAUAGCACUGUAUCUUACCAAUAGGUCAUAAACUUUGUAUUUCAGGUGCAUUUCAGAUUCAAUUUAUCAUCUGCAGUUAUAUCUUGAAAUUGAUGCUUUUCUGAUGAUUAAUCAUGUUAGAUGCUGAUGCUGAAGUGCAUAUGUAGAAAACCAUGUCCUUGGCUACUAAUUGGGAAUCUCCUUGUCGCUCAUGUCAAUCCCAAACUUUUGCAGGGGAUAUCUUUGCCUUUGUACCCAUUUAACUGACCGAGGUUCAUAUGUAUUUCUUAUUUCUUUAUCAGUGACAGUGUUCACUAUAAAAGUGUCUGUCUUUUUUUUUUUUUUUUAUUAUUAUCGGGAGCAGUGCCUUCCAUAUUUGUGACUGUUAUACUGUCAGUUGUUAAAAGCAGCAUCUGCUUACAGAAAUACAUGUUACUAACAAAAGCUGCUUGUGGAAAGCACUUAUUUUAAUGCUUAUGGAGCAGUUUCUUUUUUUCAAGAAAAAACCUAAAUAAGUUGAUAAUAAAAGGUCAAUACAUUUAAUAGUUUAGGCUGUUGACUGGAGAUUUUGAAUGAUGUGUUUUCUUAUAUACUCUUGUUCAAAUAUCAACAAGUAUAAAUUGGUGAGACAAGUUUCCAUUUUGAGUCAAUGUAGACCCAAGCAUUUCUGUAACAAUUAUAUUUCAAUUAUAAAACCAUUAUCGGGAGCAGUGUCUUCCAUAAUGUGGAGUGUUUGAAGGUAGUUUUUGCCUACCUUCAAAUAUAUCGAGGGCAGUGUUCCUCAUAUUUAACUAUAGGUUGGAAACAGUGUUUCCCAUAGAUUAUGUAUAUAUUAGUUUUUUCAUAUGUGUUUUUGUGUGGCUUUGUUUCCCACGUUAUUGCUAUUAGUAACUAUGCAUACUCUGGGCAGCUAUUGUCAGUUGAAGUUGUGGGUUCUAUCAAGUCAUGCCUCUGAUAUUUCAUUUUUGGGGGGGGGUCAGUUACUUUCAGUGUUUCUCCGAUCAAUGAGUCUUGUCUUUUGAGAUUACACAUUUCUGUACUAGCCUGGCCUAUAUUGGUCUUUAUUUCAAGAAGUCAUGCAUUCAUUGGGUAGUUUACACAAAGGCUCUAUCAGACAUGAUUUUUGCUAUUUUAAAAGAGAAUGUGGUCAUUUUGCAUAACUACUGAAGAAUAUUAUGUAUAUGAGUGAUUUUCAUACUGCUGAUAUUACAGUAGUUGAAACCAUUCAGUUUCUCUCAGUAUAUCUAUAUCUUUACUCGUGGCACUUAGAAAGUUACAUAACUUGUUUGGUUUUUGCAUGUUAAUAUGUGCAUGAAACAUGUUCAUAUUUGUGUUAACAAAAACCAAGCAAAUGAUCUUUACUCUUCAGCUGUUUUUGAUGACCAAAUAGAGACUUGCAUAGACAUUUCAACUUGUGCAUUAACUCGACAAAGUUUGGUUUGUCAGUGCAAUCUUCCCAUCUUCCGGUCUCCUUUUUGAUAAAUUGUAGUGGAAUUAAAAAUCCAAAUAAAUACCAGGAAAGUUAAAACUGGAGUGACAAAAGUAUUGUGUAAGAGUUAAAGGCACAUGAUUGUUGUUGUUAGAACUAAUUAUUUUGUCCAAAAACUUUGUCAGCAUAACUGUGCACUGUAAUAAACUUAAAAUUUACUGUG